AUGGCUGACAAGACCAUCCCAAUCAUCGAUGUCUCGAACAUCGACAAUGAUGUCCGCUCCGUAGCAGCGAAAAUCACUGAAGCAUGCGCGACUUGGGGUUUCUUCUUCAUCAAGAACCACCAAAUCCCCCACGAUUUAAUCCAGAAGAUGUUCGACAUCAACGAGGAAUUCAGCGCGCUACCCCUGUCCGAGAGGAACAAGCAUCCCGUGAAUAAAGAUCAAGUCGGCUUCAAAGGGCCUGGUGACGAUGCCCAUAAAGAUGAAAAGUCCGCCAUGUGGCUUGGUGGACUACCCGGGAGCUUAAGCGGGAACCCGGGCCUGCAUCCUUCACUGGAAAAGCACCUCCCGGCAAUUGAUGCGUAUAAAAAGGCAUGCGCCGAGAUGUCACUCAAGCUACUGCGGUGCUUCGCCAUUUUCCUCGGUCUGAGCGAGGACUUUUUCGCCUCUCACCACCGGUAUGAAUCUUCGAGGAAUUUGAUCAUUAUGCUACACUAUCCCAAAUUUGACGCGCCACCCCCGAAGCACUCAGCGCGCAUCUCGCCUCACAGUGACGGGUCCAACUCGGUGACCAUUCUAUUCCAAUCCGCCGUGGGCUUGGAGGUCCUUUCACCCACCGGCGAGUGGGUACAGGCACCCGCCCCUGGAUUCGACCACGCUUUGAUCAACAUUGGUGACGUCCUACAAUUCUGGUCGUGUAAUAAGCUGAAAUCCACGCUGCAUCGAAUCACCCAAGACCAGCUCCCGUGGGACAAGGAACGCUAUAGCGUCGCCUUCUUCUGCCAGCCGGAACCCGACACAAAGCUUAACCCAAUCGUGGGAGAUGUGGACGUUGAACAGAUGGCCGUCGAGGAUGGAAAAAUGUUCCGCCGGGGCAUGACUUUAACGGAGUACAUCGAGGAGGAGAUGAAAGUGAUCUAUGGGCAGGACUUUUAUGAUAAGCAGGUACAGUCUGUCCCAGUGAUGGCUGCGACGUCGUGA